UUGGGGCCGUAGUUUGACCCACAUUACUCUGUUAUCAAUGUGCACUCUCUCGUGUGUGGUUAUCUUUUCGUGUAUUGCUUAUCCACGAAAUCCCCUACGCCGCCCCCGAAAGGCUUACAAAGGCUGAAACAAUUGAAGCACUGAGAUCACCCAACCAAACCCAGGAAAGAAUACUCCCAAUCUCAGGACAUGUUGCGAAUCCCCAAAUUUCAUCAUCCCCCGAAUAAGCUUCAACACCCUUCCACUCCUCCUCCUCCUCGAACUCAAAACUUCCCCACUUCCCCAAAUCUUCCGUUCCUCAAGCAAUGUUGCACAAUCUCCCGCCGUAAGCUCACCGUUGGAAGCAAUUCCCUCUUGCUUCUUCUCUUUGGCUCUCAGAUUCUAGACCCAUUUUACAACUCCUCCAAAGCAGAGGCUGAAGAAAUCUUGGGUGAAAAUGAGCAAGAAUUACAGAGAUCAGAGAGUUCCAACGACGUCCCUCCUCCUUGCACAGAAAAGAGCCCCACCAAGCGUGCAUUUCUUGAUAUCUCCAUUGAUGGAGAGCCUGCUGGUCGCAUUAUCAUUGGCCUUUAUGGCAAUGACGCUCCUGCAGGAGUUGCUAGAUUCAGUAACCUUGUGAGCGGAGCUGCAGGGGUUUCUUACAGAAGAAAAGACUUUGUGAAGAUCACAUCAAACUAUGUUCAAAACAGUGGAGUGAGAUCUUAUGGCGUGGAUGUUGAGCUUGCAAAGAGGACAGGGGGGAAUGAGUUAGCAUCAGAAACUCUUAAAGAUGAAUGGGCGAGUGUCAACGAGAAGUGCCCUGGUAUUAAGAACUUGGCUGGAACUGUGGGAAUCAUUGUGAGAGACCCUUUGAAACCACCACCCAAGUUGAAGUUGGUAGCCCGAAAAGGGAAACUGGAGGUGGAUCAGGAAGAGGUCGGAACUGAACCGAAUGGGACCGAGUUCACGAUUUCUGUCAAGGAUUCGCCAGAGCUGGACAAUUCAACCCUGGUGAUUGGAACAGUUUUGGAAGGGAUGCAGGUUGCGGAAAGGAUUGCUCAAGUGAAGACAGUGAAAGACAACACUACUUCUCCUUACUUCAGGGUGGCAAAGCUAAUAGGAGAUAAGAGAGCUGUUGUUGCAGAAAGAGGCUUCAACCGCCCUUAUUCAAAAGUGGUCGUCACAAACUGUGGGUUGCUAGAGCUAGAGCAAUGACAUGGUCGUGCUCCCAGUUUUGCCCUUUUCUAAGUUCAACUAUGCCCUUUACGAAUGAAAGAGGUAUUUUAUGUCAUACCAAAAAUUCGAAAUAUAUUAUCUCAUAUGCUCAUAAGGUUGAUUCAUCGUAUAAUUUACGAGAGACCAUGUUUCAAA